AUGCGCCCCGCGUCGGCCCCUCUGCGUCAUCCGCUGCGCAAGGCCCCCGGAGGUUCCAGUAUCGCACCCAUUUACCGAGGCUGCAUGCGUCGAUCGGUAGGCAGCCGUGGGCUCCCGAGUCCCGCCCUCGACUCGCCCGCCCGCCGCGCCCGCCGCGACGAGCCGUACUUGGCGCAGCUCCAACAGUCGGCAUCGUCCGUUGUGGAAGCGCGCGUCGCGGACCUGGCGCGGCAAACCCGCGAUUUCGUCGACGCGACGUACUGCGGCACCUCCGACGAGGCCAUUUGUGAAGCGCCUCGGCGCAAACCACGGCCCGUGACGUGUGUACCGGGUCUCCGCCGCAAGCUCGAGGCAUCGCGUGAGCUCUCUUCAAUCGUCAAGCACCCAACGCGGCUUCUCGCCCAGCAGCUCCAAUCUGCGCUCGAGACCCACAUCUCGGGCCGACCAAACCAGACGAGCGACUUCCAGAUGGCCCUUUUAGACCAGACCGACGACCACCACGCGUUUUUCCACAAACUUGUCGAGGCGUUGGCGAGCCACUUGGAGAUGCAGCCCGCCAGCGUCGGCGCUGGCGCGUUCUUGCGCCAGUUCUGGACUGUCUACGUCGAUGGCUUGUACGAGCACGUGGUCCAUGCCAAACGAUUGGGGCUCGUCUUUUAUGAAAAUGCUGCCGAUGCCACCCUUCACCCCGCGCGGCGUCCGAUCGAGACGGAUGCGAUGAUGAUACCUGAAGCCAGCCCAAAGCUGCGUGCAUCCAAGGCCACCGCGGGCUUGCUGUGCGAACGUCCACCGUCUGCGAUACCACAGAGUUUAUCACCGUCGCAGGAUGGGCCUGAAUUGACGGCUCUAAAACGGCUCUUGACCGCCAAGGCAAGCACACUACGGGUCGAGCUCGUGUCCAUGCAGCGCCUGCGCGAAUCAAUUUUUUCGUCUGUCCUCAACGCCCAAGCCAUGCAACGCACCGAUAAAGACAAGCGAGCACGCUUGCACCUCAGCCAGCAGAUGGACCAGCACGCGUCGCUCGUACAGCGAUACGCUGAAGCAUCCCCGCGCGUCGUGGCGGCAGCGACGUUGAUUCAGCGCAUUCUGCGACGAAAGCUCGCGAUCAAGCACUGCCACUUGCUUCGUCUCCUUGACCUCAUGAAGGUCAAAUCCCAAACGCUCUUUGAGAAAAGCUGCAGUCAGAUGCGCGGCACGCUGGCGCUCGCGUCCGCGCCGUCGCUGGACGUCCACGCGUUGGAUGCCCAUUUUACGAGUAUCGUAUGGGAAGUCCAGCGCCUCGUGCGCGACUUGUCGCUGGAUUGGUGGAAGCAAAGCUUGAGCGAAGAGCGCGCGCGGCUGGCGUGGGAGCUCGCUGACGUCUCAGACGACCUCAAACACGUGACCUCGCUCGUGUCGAUUUUACUUCAAAACUGCACCAACUGCAUGGCGCAUUGCACGACCCCUCCGACGACGUGUGUCGCGCUACGUGUCGCCAGCACCAUUGUCGAUCGAGUCGACCAAGCACCUCUCGACCAGAUUACCCACAUGAACCUGGCCAUCGAGGACUGCAUCAACGCGCUCCGUCCUACAAAGCCAGCCACCGCGCGGACCAUCGCGAUACAAACGGAAGAAGGUCAUGACCGACACCCUUCGUACUUGGAAGCGCUAUCCAAGCUCGCCGCGCUCUACGAGGCCCUGCCCGACUCGGACUCGGACGACGACGAGCCGAUCGUCGCGUACGGCUCGGCCGUGUUUCUCUCGCUGGUGCCACCGGCGAAUGACGUGGCAACUCCAAGUGCUGACGUCUUAUCGGUCGCACCAAAUGUGUGUCGCGUCAAGCUCAGCGACACGAAGCGACCCAAGCGACGUCGGUACUUGGCAAGCAACACGUUGGCCAACAUUCCAAAGGCGUUUGCUCCGAUCUUCAAGCUUUUGGGGGUCACGCGCGGCUACAAGGCGCGGCCGCUCUCGCUGCCCAAGCUCAAACUGCUACUACAUGACCUCUACAGCAGCCGCAUGCACAUCGAAGAGUACACGCGGCCGCUACCAGAAUUUAUCUACCAGUUCUUUCUGCGGAAAUACGGUCUUCGCAAAGUGGCCGAGGCGCACGUCGUCGACUUGAUGGCGUCGCUCAAGAAGUUUUGGCGCCACGACCCGGAGGUCCACCUCUUCGCUCGGUUUUGCAGUCUCAAAAACACACUGCCGCUCUCGAUUGAUGCGUUCGACUACUUUAUCUGCCUCUUGGGCCACUUGCAAGCCGGCGACAGCCAGCAGGCCGAGCCCGUGGUGCCGUACAGCCGCGUGCAGGGCUUGCAUCGCCAUGCUGUCGCAUCGGUCUCUCUGUUUGAGCCACAGCGCAUGCUCGAGCUGGUCAACUUCCAGCCAGACAUGCUGCUCAUGCGGCUCGAGGGGCACAUUAACGACCAGCCCGAUGUGAUCAACGGCAAGCGCCUCGGUGUCUCGGCCGCUCAUAUUUACAUUGACCGCCACGCCCUUCUCGCCUUGUACGUCUCUGAGUUUGAAGCCAUCGAGCGCCACGUUGAGCUGUACCUCAAAGAGGUGUUUGAAAAUGCCGACAUUGACCACAACGGCGAAUUGACUCUGGACGAGUUCAAUUCGAUUGUGCAAAAGAUUGAACCGACACCGAUGUGGGAAGCCCAGCGCAUGUUUUUUGAAGCUGUUGCGCUCACGGGCAAUGCGCUCGCGGACGCGGUCACGGCCGACGCCUUUAUUCUCGUCGCCAAAAAGCAAGGUCUGGGCGCCCGGUCCUUCCCCGAUACCCGUCGACACGCGCUCACGGCGCCUAUCGCGCUCGACCAUGGACUCCUCGCAAGCUAUCACGCGCGGAAUGCAGAGUAA